GUUACAUCAUAUGAUAAAUUAUUUGUAUUAUCAGAUUUGUGUUGUUUAUUUUGAGAAAUUGGUCGAGGAGGUGACUAGAAUCAUUAGUGAAAAAAAUGGACCAAUUGACUUGUUGAUGUGUCGAAAUAAACAUUAAAGACGAACAUAGCAAAAAACAUUACGAACUGAUAAGAGUGUUUAGCUGAAAUAUUAGUUUUAUUAUCAAUUUUCAAAAAAAAUAGUCUGGAAACGAAUUAUGUAAAAUAGUGGAGUGGUGACGACAGCUUGGAAAAUAGUAGGAAUGAAUGUGAUUUCUUUGUAAUAUCUCUACCGUUCUUCAAAAAAUAUGGAAUCACUUCAGAAAUUGAAAGAAAUUCAAUUUUCAAAAUUUCUUAUGGGCGGUGUAGCCUCCGUGGGCGCCACAAUAGUAACAAAUCCCAUAGAGGUCAUCAAAACGAGACUUCAGUUACAAGGUGAACUUGCCAAAAGAGGAACGUAUACAGAAAAAUACCGAGGCACCAUUCAUGGAUUCAUUCAAGUAGCCAAGCACGACGGUAUAAGGGGAUUGCAAAAAGGAUUGUCAGCAGCACUGGGAUUUCAGUUUACCAUCAAUUUUUUCAGACUAGGUAUUUAUGAUUCAGCCACUGGAUUCGGUUGGACAAAAGCAAAGAAUGGAAACGAGUCAGUUCUGAGAAGUCUUUUUUGGGGUGGGGUCGGUGGCUGUGUUGGAUCAUGUGCUGGCAGUCCGUUUUUUCUCGUUAAAACUCAGCUUCAAUCCUUUACAAAAUCAGAAAUCGCCGUUGGAUACCAGCGUGAGCACAACGGAUUAAUACACGCUUUUCGUACAAUUUAUAAAUCAAACGGUAUUCGAGGACUGUAUCGAGGAGUAGUUGGUAACAUACCACGAGCUUUUCUAGGCAGCGGCGCUCAGUUAGCUACUUUCGGUCCGACGAAAGAUUUUCUCUACAGAAACAACCUCAAUUUUAGCAACCCGACAUGCAAUUCAUUUCUUUGCGGAUUAAUAGCUGGUUCAAUGAUGGCCGUCGCAAUAACUCCACCAGAUAUUAUUUUGACUAGACUGUACAAUCAGCCAUUGGAUGACGCCGGUAAAGGAAAAUAUUACCGUGGUGUAUUCGACUGUUUUUGGAAAGUGUUGCGUGCCGAAGGCAUGCAUGGUUUGUAUAAAGGAUUUUGGCCAACGUAUUAUCGGAUAGCACCGCAUUCGACGUUAGUGUUGUUGUUCUAUGAUGAAAUGAAAUUGUUAAGAGACAAACUGUAAAUUAGAAAUUUUGUUCCGAAAUUAGUCACAAUGCCCAUUUGCAAUUGAGAAAUAUAUUUUUGUAAAAAAUAGUGUA